AUCACAGCCCCGGUGUGGGCAUUUUUUGUCUGCAGAAGUUGUGCUGCAGCUGGAGCUGGACGGCUGCUGUUGUGCUGCCUGUGACGGCGCUGGCAGUCAGAAUGAAAGCGUUGAGUAAGUGUCAGGAUGGAUGAGGGAGGUUUUCAGGCAGUGGGCUGUGGAAUAACACCGCGCCGCUCUUUCUCCGGAUUCCGAGGUGGUGGCGCAUAUGUGCGCUUAACUAUCUUCCAUCGAGACUCCGGCAGAGAAAUGAUUCAUUGGCGUCGGUAUUCGCACCAUCAUCAGCGUCAAAAUUGACCGACUGAGGAGUGGAGGGUGCUGUUAUGGAGAAACAAAGCAGAGUCAAAGAGGAAAUGAAGGAGGAGAAGCGCAAAGAGAAGAAAACGAAAUCUGGUAAGCUUUUCCGAAAGAAAUCUCUAAGGUCCGUGGGGAGCUUUAUGAACAGAAUCAUGAAAACUUUGGGCACUUUCACCCACUUUGGGGACGGCGACGCGCAGGACGCGGAGGACGACGACGGGGGGUUUGGAAAUGGCGCACCUUGCACCCUCACCGCCAGCUCGGGAACAGUCAUAGAGGAUGCACCGGUGGCUUGGGAUCGAGUGGCGAAACACCCUCCGAGCACGUCUUCAUCUCUGUGUGCCGGCAGAGAGAAACUGCUUUACCAGUAUGGAGACAAAGUCCCGGGCGUCCUGGGGCUGAAGAACCACGGGAACACCUGCUUCCUGAACGCAGUGGUCCAGUGUUUAAGUAACACCGACCUGCUGGCGGAGUAUCUGGGGCUGGAGCGCUACAAGAUGGACCUGAGGCAGAGCAGAGGAAACGGACUGGGGGCUGAGGAGAAGCGGGCACUAAAAGGAGAAGUAACGGAGCAGUUGGCAUCUCUAGUGAGAGCUCUGUGGACUCUGGAAUACACCCCGCAGCUGUCAGUGGACUUCAAGACGGUCGUGUCCAAGUACGGAUCCCAGUUUCGUGGUAAUUCCCAGCAUGAUGCCCUGGAAUUCCUCUUGUGGCUGUUGGAUCGCGUCCAUGAAGACGUCAUCCUGGUGUCUCACAAUAACAACAAGACCAAAGCUCCUGCAAAGGGUCCCGUUGGAGUGGAGGAGGUGCCGUGUCCUGACCCGAUCCAGUCCCAGCAGCCCGGGAUCCAGCAUAGCUUUGUCCAGGAGCAUUUCCAGGCUCAAUACAAAUCUUCCCUGACGUGUCCCCACUGCCUGAAACAGAGCAACACCUUUGACCCUUUCCUCUGCAUCUCAUUACCCAUCCCUCUUUGCCAGACAAGGCUGCUGUGUGUGACUCUGGUGUUCAGCACCAAGGGGCAGCGGUAUCUACGGGUAGGGCUGGCCGUGCCUCUGUUUGGUUCUGUGGCCUGCCUGAGGAGGAUUGUGGCAGAUGAGGGUAAACUCUCCCCAGACCAGGUGAUCCUGACAGAGGUUUACUCCACUGGGUUCCAUCGCUCCUUCUUUGAUGAGGAUGAUCUAACGUGCAUUGCUGAGAAUGACGUCAUCUACGCCUUCCAGGCGCCGCCGCUCUACAUCAGAGGUGGCUCUGCACGAAUCUCAGGGUAUCAUCACAGCUUGCCGUCAUCCCCUUAUUCCUCUGGUCCUGAGGGUCAAAGGUUACCAUCAUCCGGAGCAUUAUCAUCAGAGUUCCUCAACCAUGGUGUCCCAGUCAAGAUUCUGCUGCUGGUGUGCAAUGCUGCUGGAACAGGCCAGCAGACCGUUAGGUUUGGACCUCCAUUCUUAAUGAGGGAGGAUCGGUCUAUUUCCUGGGACCAACUCCAACAAAGCAUCCUCAGCAAGCUCUAUUACCUGAUGAUCAACGGUGCCCAUGCCCAGAAUAUCAGAGUGCUUUUCAACAUCCGUGUGGUGGGAGGGUCUACGUUUUACAACUACUUGUCACCUCAGGAUGGGCGACCCCUCUAUCACCCCGCCGUUGACAGGGCUCUGAAGCUCUGCGGUUCUGGAGGACCUCCUCAUGUGAAGCUCAUCGUUGAGUGGGAGCACAGAGUCAAAGAUUGCCUGUUCGGUAACAUCCACGAGGAAGUGGUGAAGGAUGCAGACAGCGUACGAAAUCUGCAGCAGCACCACGUCCAACAGUUCAGCUGCACCUUGGAUGAGUGCUUCCAGCUCUACACCAAAGAGGAACAGCUCGCCCCAGAUGACGCCUGGAAGUGCCCCUAUUGUAAGCAGCUGCAGCAGGGCAUGGUGAAGAUGAGUCUGUGGACCCUGCCGGACAUCCUCAUCCUCCACCUGAAGCGCUUCAGGCAGGUGGGCGAGCGGAGAAACAAGCUCACCACGUUCGUUCAUUUUCCCCUGGCUGGACUGGACAUGACACCUCACAUGGUGAACCGCAACAAUGGCCCCCACCAGGCCCCUCUUCAGCCAGGCUGGAAAAACUGCAGGCGACCUGACCUUGCUCCUCCUGACUUCCUGUAUGAUCUCUACGCAGUCUGCAACCACCAUGGGGGAAUGCAUGGCGGCCAUUAUACAGCCUUUUGUCGAAACUCAGUUGAUGGUCAGUGGUACAGCUAUGACGACAGCACUGUUGAGCCAAUCCCAGAGGCCGAGGUAUGCACGCGUGGAGCCUACAUUCUCUUCUAUCAGAAAAGAAGCACCAUCCCCCCCUGGUCUGCUAGUUCCUCAGUCACUGGUUCCACCAGCUCUUCCACCUCUGACCACUGGCUGGUCCGACUGAAUGGGGGAAGCAGCAGCGGCAGCGUGGUCUCAGGGGUUCCCAGUCCGGCACUUUUGGAACCAACAUAUGCUCCAGAGUCUCCUGAGUUGCCAGUGUUUGGUGAUGAACCCAACAGAGGAGUAGAAGAUGGUUCCAAUCAGCUGAUGCGAGGGACCAAGUUUAGGAGUUUAAGCAUGAGGUCACCUGCCAAACCCAAGGACACCCUAAACAAAGUUCUUCCACUACGGUGGUCUUUUGGGUCAAAAGACCGCAUCAAGCACCCGGUCCAAGUCCAGUCUGGAGAGCUGGUGGAGUACCUGGAGUCCGGACGCCGGCCCAAAUGCACCAAAGAUCCUAUUAUCACCCUGGUGGCGACUCCACCUCAGAGGAGAGUCCUCGAAGUCGGACAGGACUGCAGCUCACCUAGUGGCAGCAGUCUUAGCUGUACAGACAGACUCAGCUCUGACAUUUGUUACUCUCCCAAACUUCCGGAGGGGCAGAGCCGAGCCUGCCUUGAGAGAAACACAGGCCAAGGAUCUGGUAAUGACAAGAAUCUCACUUCAAGAGAUGAUGAUAGUUUGAGGCAGGGAUCAUUGUCUAAGAGACUGAGAACAGAUCAGGUCAGGGCCCUGGACCUCCACCUACAGAGAGGGGGCAUUCUGGGUGGUCGUAUUAGCCACAGUGCUCCUCCAAGCAGAGAGUCUACGCUUAGAAGAACCAACGUCCAGACAAGUGCCAAUCCCAGGGGCCAAAUAGACUUAUCUCAGACUGCUAAAGACAAGAGGAACCCAAGAGAAGAGGAGGGUCAGAGCCAAGAAAGUCUCUUGUCGUAUUUCAAGCCGGUUUUCACGAAGAAAAACAUUCCUAGCUCCCCAGGCAAGGAACAAAUGAGGCGACUAAAUGGCCAAAACCACCUGGGAAAACUGGCAAGCAGUAAUUUAGCCAAACUGUCUCUUUCCAAUGGGACUCUUCCGGCAGCUCCAGAGAAGAGAGGCAGUACCGUUCCCAAUUGUGGUAGCCAUAACUGCAAAGUACAGCUGGUCAACGGAAAAGCUGGGAUACAGGAGCCUGUGGAUAUUCAGCGGGCUCACAGCUCCAGCAACAUCCAGUCCAAGCUGGAUGUUUCAUUUCGCAGGUGUGCCUCCCUUCAGAGGAACGGGGAAGUGGGGAUCUCUCAGGCGCACCGUGUCCUGCUGUCAGACAAGCCUGGCUACUCCACUCUGCAGCGGACGCGGUACAGCACCACCUCCCUGGGUAGGCAAAGAGAUGUCCCUGAACCCUGUGCCCAUGUGACAGCCAAGAAUGACAACUGGAUAAAGGUCCACCCUUUUGGUUUCCAAGCAGGGCACCCAGAGAAGCGCCUCCUACUGGAGGCAUCGCUUGGCGCAAACAACAUCUCCUUUUUUCAUAAUACUGAUCUAAGUUCUUACCUGUGUGUGUCUUAAACUAAAUCUAUGCAGAGUUUUAAAAAAUCUGUGAGAAAUUACUAGGUUUUUUUUUCCACUCACAUUGUUCUUACGCUGUUGUCUGCUGUUACUUUUCCUGUCUGUUUGAAUUAGUAUUUGCUCUAAGUUCAGACUUCCAUGAGAACUCUCAGGACCCCAGGAAGUUAUUGAUGAGUAUGUUGAUGAGUGUGGUAUGUAUUGACAUAUAAGAAAGAAAUAUUUGCUCUACAGAUAGGCCAGCUUAUUAAAGACUGCAGAAAGUACUAACACCGAGCUAUAAAUUAAAACACUGGACAAAAAUUGUCUGCUGUUAGAGAAUUCAUAUUUCAAUGAUUUAUUUAUCAAAUUAAUAUAUAUUAUUAAUGCACCUUCUUUUAAAUGUUUUUAUUCUUUUUUUUAACACAAUUUAUAUCCAAAUCCUUGCAGGCGACUAACCUGUUGGAUGAGUAUAUGGAAGUAUACAUGGAGAUGUGGAAAUCCAUCCCAUAAACCGAUCUUCCUGCUUUUUGAUGUUUUGUGGAGAGAUGCAGCAAAAAUGUGUAUUCUUUACAAAUUGUUAUAUUAAAAACAAGCAAUGUAAAAAUAAAUAAAUAAAUAAAUACUGUCACUUA